UGGAUUAUAUUUGUUCAUAACCGGAAGGAUAACUGAUUAUAUUUGUUGCUUUAAGGAAACCAGAAGCUUUUUCUUUUUUCUUUUUCUUUUUUUUUCGGCACAGGCGAAUGUCGGGCAGAACAAUGAGACGGCAAGUACUGUUGUGUAUCUGGGUCUUCUCUCUGGGCUGGGCACACGGUCAGGUCAGCUACUCCAUCCCCGAGGAGAUGGCGACGGGCUCGUUAGUCGGUAACAUAGCGCAGGAUUUGGGUUUAGAUGUGAAGAGGCUCAAGUCGGGCAAAGCUCGCGUUUAUACGGGGGACAGUGCGGAACACAUCGAGCUGAAUAAGGAGAGAGGAGUCCUGCUCAUCAAAGACAGGAUAGACAGAGAGGCUUUGUGCGGAGAGACGACGCCGUGCGCCCUUCAUUUCCAGAUGAUUCUGGAACACCCGAUGGAGUUUUACUCGGUUACUGUCGAGAUAACUGACGUCAACGAUAACCCCCCUACCUUUGUUAGAGAUGAGGUGGCAUAUGAAAUCAGCGAGUCGGCCGUAGUCGGAGCCCGGUUUGUGUUGGAGAAAGCGGCGGACAGUGACGUCGGUGUGAACGGUCUGGACAGCUACAGUUUAAAGCCGACCGAUCAUUUCGUGUUGAAAACUACUCUUCGUGGUGACGGGAGCAAAAAUGUAGAGAUGGUCCUGCAGAAACCGCUGGACCGGGAGAAACACGAGCACGUACCUUUGACUCUUACCGCUGUAGAUGGCGGCGAGCCGCGGCUCUCGGGGACAAUGCAGAUUAUAGUCACCGUCCUUGACGUCAACGACAAUGCGCCCGUUUGCUCAAACCCAGAAUACAAGGCCAGUGUUGUGGAAAACUCUCCUGUCGGCACCGUAAUUACUACAGUCAGCGCUACAGAUGUUGAUAAAGACAAUAACGGAAAGGUGACGUACACGAUUCCGAAAUCAUUAGAUAGUCUUUUCCAAAUUGAUGUCGACAGUGGAGUUCUGACUUUGUCCGGAAAUAUAGAUUAUGAGAAGAGGAAAUUUUACGAACUAGAUGUUCAAGUACGGGAUCAGGGAGGACUGUCAGACGCAUGUAAAGUUAUCGUGGAGGUGGUCGAUUUUAAUGAUAACAGACCAUCCAUUAACAUCAUGUCUAAAUCCCAUAGCAUAUCUGAGAACGUCAAACCAGACACAGUGGUGACGAUGAUUAACAUCCAAGAUCCAGACUCUGGUGAUAACGGAAAAGUGAAGUGUGUCUUAGACGAAAAUAUGCCUUUUGCCAUGAAAUCAACAACAAAUAAUUUCUAUAGCCUGGUGACAGACAGUGAUCUGGACCGAGAGAGAGCCUCCGAGUAUAAUAUCAGCAUCAAGUGUUGUGAUGAGGGAGUGCCCUCUCUCUCCAGCAGCGUCACUCUCACCUUACACAUCUCAGAUGUGAAUGACAACGCGCCUGUCUUUGAGAGGAGCUCAUAUGAGGCCUACAUUGUAGAAAACAACACACCGGGUCUCUCCAUAUUCACAGUGAAAGCCACAGACGCUGACUGGAACCAGAAUGCCCGUGUCUCUUAUAUACUGGAGGACUCCUCGGUUAACGGAGUGCCCGUCUCCUCCUAUGUGUCCGUCAGUGCUGAUAGUGGAGUCAUCCAUGCAGUUCGCUCUUUUGACUACGAGCACAUCAAGGAUUUCCACUUGUGUGUUAAAGCGCAGGAUGGAGGCUCUCCUCCACUCAGUAGUAACGUGACCGUGAACAUAAUGAUCCAGGACCAGAACGACAACGCCCCUCAGGUUCUGUACCCAGUCCAGACCAGCAGCUCUGUGGUGGCUGAAAUGGUGCCUCGUUCAGCAGAUGUGGGCUAUCUGGUGACUAAAGUGGUGGCUGUUGAUGUGGACUCUGGACAGAAUGCCUGGCUCUCCUAUAAGCUGCAGAAAGCCACAGACAGGGCGCUGUUUGAAGUGGGCUUACAGAAUGGGGAAAUAAGGACUAUCCGCCAAGUCACUGAUAAAGAUGCUGUGAAACAAAGGCUGACUGUUGUAGUGGAGGACAACGGGCAGCCCUCUCGUUCAGCUACAGUCAAUGUUAACGUGGCGGUGGCGGACAGCUUCCCUGAAGUGCUCUCGGAGUUCACUGACUUUACACACGACAAGGAGUACAAUGACAACCUGACUUUUUACUUAGUCUUGGCUUUGGCUGUAGUGUCCUUUCUCUUCAUCACCUGCUUAGUGGUCAUCAUAUCAGUGAAGAUAUACAGAUGGAGACAGUCUCGCGUCCUCUAUCAUUCCAGUCUUCCGGUGAUUCCCUAUUAUCCACCACGUUACUCAGACACUUUGGGGACAGGGACUCUCCAGCACGUGUACAAUUACGAGGUGUGCAGGACGACUGACUCCAGAAAGAGUGACUGUAAGUUCGGCAGAGCCGGUAGUCAGAACGUGCUGAUAAUGGAGCCCAGUUGUACAGGGACGAUGCAGCGGAUCCAGAAUGAAAAGAACAUCCUGGAUGAGCCAGACUCUCCUGUAGAGGUUAGACCAUUUUUACAUCUUAUUCUGACAUGA